AUGCAUUUUAAUGAACAAAUUUCUUCCUCCCAUCAUAUAUGGGUCGCUUCAUAUAAUACAAGUGAACAGUGGGCCGGUGGGCUGUAUACAUAUCAAAGCAAAGGAGAUGACACACUGGCUGUAUGGUCUAACAGGAACUGCCCAAUUGAGAAAAAAGACAUUGUGCUUUGGUACACAUUGGGCUUCCAUCAUCUUCCCUGCCAAGAGGACUAUCCAAUCAUGCCAACAGUCUCAGCUAGCUUUGAUCUCAAACCUGUAAAUUUCUUCGAAAGCAAUCCUAUCAUGAGGACCACACCAAUGACCGAGAAAGAUCUCCCAAUGUGUGCUGCUUCAGCUAAAUGAACAUCUGCACCAUUCCAGCAAGUUCCCAAAAUUACUUACCAGUUUAAAUUAGCCAAGUAAACCAUCUUCAUCUGUAAAAUAAACAACACAUGCAUUGUAGAAGAGUUCAGCAGUAUCACAUUAGAGCUUUCUUUUUCAAAGUUGGGAGUGUUUAA